UAUAAAGUUGGCUGCAAGAUGGGUGAAGGAGGAUGUGGCACCAUUUAUGAAGGAACUCGCUGCAACGACGGACUUAAGGUGGCUCUGAAAUGUUCAAUGAAGAUGCAGGACAUGCCAUCUUUGAAAGUGCCUGGUCAUCCCAAACACUUUCCCAUGGAGAUUGGCCUGAUGCUCAAGGCCAAUGAGGGUCCCAGCAUUCCCCAGAUUAUUAAACUGCUUGACUGGGUGGACGACAAAGACUACUAUGUGAUGGUUAUAGAGCGGCCCAUGCCUUGCAUGGACUUGUUUAGUUUUGUGGAAUUCCAUGGAGGAAAGCUUGACGAGGGGACGGCACGAAUUAUUAUGCGGCAAGCCAUUGAUGCUGCUCAAACUUGCUGUAAACGUGGCGUCUUUCAUCGUGAUAUAAAACUGGAGAACCUGCUGGUGAAGCAGGACACCAUGGAGGUCAAAUUAAUUGACUUUGGGUGCGGAACGCUCAUGACAAAAUUUGCCUUCAAAGACUUUCAAGGCACAAGAGUGUGCUGUCCACCUGAGUUCUACAUGAAGGGCAAGUACCAUGCAAAACCGACGACAGUGUGGACACUAGGGUUCAUGCUGUAUGAAAUGCUCUGUGGGGAAUGUCCUAAACCCUACGACCGGCACAUGAUUAGUGUAAACCUCUGGACCAGACAUGGCUUGUCACAAGAAUGCUGCCAGAUGAUUUGUGCUUGCCUGCAGCCCAAGCCAAAGAACAGACUCAGUCUGGACAAGAUGCAUCUCCAUGACUGGUUUAAGGUCACGGAGUAAGACACAAAGAACCUCAGAAAACAACUCGUGUCACAACUAUCCUGUUGUCUUCUGCCUUUAGUCAGCUUUGCGUCUGGCGGGCUGACAAGAGUGGCCUUUCCAUCAGACCACUCAGGCCUUAGCAUAUUGUGGGGCCAACAAGUCCCGGUAGUGUCUGGCCUGGUAGGGUCGGCCUUGCUUGCUUGGGAAUUUCUGGGGAUUUUUGACUUUAUGUAAGAAAAUCUAUUAGACAUUUGUACAAAUAUUUAUAA